UGAGAGCAUUAAAAUUAUAACUAUUGAAUAUGGAACCACAUUUUCAUUCUGUCGGUCCGGGGGAAGUAAAUUGCUGCUGUACCACUACAGCCACAUUGAGGUCAAAUGCUGUUCUAAAAUGUCUAGUUUUUCGAGAUCCGCCCAGCAAUGGGCGACCUUUGCCAGAUCCUGGCUCCUGAUAGACGCGAGGAUGCAGCCUCCAGGAAAGAUCGCUUCUGUGUGCUCAGUGCGGCUUCAAGGGAAACAUAAACCCAUUUACCAUCCACUGAGUGAUAUUGGAGAUCAUGUGGUGGUCAUGAACACCAGACACAUCGCCUUCUCUGGAAAUAAAUGGGAACAGAAAGUGUAUUCGUCUCACACAGGCUACCCUGGAUCAUUCAAACAGCUCACCGCAGCCCAAAUGCACCAAAAGGACUCAACAGCUAUCAUUAAACUGGCUGUGUACGGGAUGCUUCCAAAAAACCUCACCAGAAGGACCAUGAUGCAACGGCUUCACCUCUUCCCAGAUGAUCUCCUUCCUGAUGAUAUUCUGAGGAACCUGACAGAGGAGCUUCCUCAACCCAGAGAGAUUCCUCGUAAGCUCAGCGAGUACACGCAGGAGGAGCGGGACGCUUUCCCCAUGCUCUGGACCCCGCCAGAAGACUACAGGAUGAAAUGACCGUCAUACAGCCGUUUCCCAGAUUUUGCAUCUCUGAGCAGGAGUUUGGGACUUAGAAAUGUUUCUCUUUUUAUAUUGUUAAUGUGAAUUUAAUUGUCUCAAAAUAAUAAAAAUAAAUCGUUUGUUUGUCAA